CCAGCGGGUCUCUCCCCGGCAGACGGUGAGCUCUAUGCCGGGACCAUGAGCGACUUCCAGGGCAAGGAGCCAACCAUCUACCGGAGCCAGGAGAGCCGCAUCUCCCUCAAGACGGAGAACUCCCUCAGCUGGCUGCAAGACCCAGCCUUCGUGGGCUCGGCCUAUCUGCGGGAGAGCCUGCCGCCCGGCAGCGCCGAGGGUGACGACGACAAGGUGUACUUCUUCUUCAGCGAGACCGCCCGGGAGUUCGACUUCUUUGAGAACACCAUCGUGUCGCGCAUCGCCCGCGGGGCCCGGCCUGGCUGUGGG